UUGACAAGUCAUCUGAACUGUGACGGUUAGCAGUAACCAUUAAGCACUCCUACCGACUACCUUCUUCAUAUAGUGAAGUCAAUUAUGUAGUGUUUCAUUAGAAUACCAUGUUGCUGAACAACGAAAAAGAAGGUUGUGACCGCCAGUGUAUAUGUCGUAUAAACGAGCACGAAUCAGGUAUUUGGUUGAAUUGGACCAUCAGUUGACUUCUUCGAGACCAUUGAAGCUGUGGAGACGUUCUACUUCUCGCGCCAGAAGCUCAUAGCUUACCGUGGCUUCUGCACAGACUCACUUGAGAUGUUCGCAGUACAACACGGCGGGGAGACAUGGUUUCUUCUAGUAGCCGCUUUCCUACGCGGAUUGCGAAUUCGUCCAGUAUUCCAGUGCGUUUCCUAUUUCCAUUGACGUAUAUUAGACCUGUAGAUCUGGCCACCUUAACCCAAGAGCGACCUAUCCCCAGCACCCCACAUCCUGCAGCUCGUGCCAUGGUAUCAAAGAUGCCCACAACGUACAUCUGCGCCUUUCGUAAUUGUGCAUGUCGGUCUUAUGACCAGACUACCACCUCAAGCGUCACUUCCUCGGAAACGGGUUAUUCAGUUACUACCCAAAUAGGUCCAGUUCCGACGGGUCUCGUUAUUUUGGCUGCUAUUCUGCUUGCAGUCCUUUUUUUCUCGCUGGUUGCCGGAGCCUAUGGUCUAGUCCCAUACCUUGGCAGGCUUUGCGACAGACGUUCCGCUCGAUAUCGUCAUCGAAGGUCGGCGCGCCCCCAUGUAGAGAAUUUCUGGCUCGCCAACAUCCCUUCUCCAGCUAUCCCCACCACUGUAUCCGCAACAUCUGACAUUCCACCCCCGCCUUACAAUAGCAGGCACGGCGAUCCUUUGUUCAGCUCCCCUCCAUAUUUGGAGGAACCCCGUUCUCCUAUCAACACCACUUUUCCGACUGGGGCUCUGUAGCUCCUGGCAUGACACACAAUAACCGACCACUACUAACCAGGAAAUGUAUUGCUAAACGCCUUCAGGACUUGUAUCAAUAGGGACCAUCUAACUACAAUCAGCAUAGCCUUGAUUCCCUUUCAAUUUCUCCAUCCUAAAGUUUAAUCACUACCCACUGUCAUUCAAAUAGUCGCGCAGAAAACAUCGACAUGUUCUUUAGUGUCCCUCGCCCUCCUAUCAAUGCUAUGCUACAUAAUGAGUAGAUGCC